AUGUUGAAAAGGUGUGUGCUUGAACAUAGAUUCAGUUUGCUGGCUUUUUCUCGAUUGAACAGAAAACAACAAAAUAGGUUCUUAUGGAAAUUUACCCAUGUUUAUAUGCCUGAAAGAACUCCGGAUGGACUUUUACAACGUCCACCAACCGAUCAUCAGGAUUUUACAAAAUAUGAGGCAAUUGAGGACCCGCAAUAUCAACAACCAGCUCCUCCAUUAAAAAUGAUUUUAUUAGAGGACGUUGAUGAUGUUGGUGAUAAAUUCGAAAUUCUUGAAUUGUCUGACAAUCUGGCUCGCAAACUCUAUUUAACCAAAAAAGCAGCUUAUGCCUCUCCGUUCGAUUUGGAAUAUUAUGGAAAAAAGAAAGAGGAAUUUUUGGCACAGAAAGAUACUAGAAUAGCCAAAAUGCCUAGAGAUUUGGCCAAAAUAGCUUCCAAAAUUUCAGCGACGGUUCUUUAA